CCUCAUUACGCAGUCUUUUGCAAUGCUGCUCUGGACCUUGUUUGCUCUUCACUAAGAAAAUCUAAAGCACCGCCUCCUCCAUCUGAAGCAAAACCCAGUGGUGUUUCUCUGUUUGAUGACACAGAAUCAGCCAACCUCAUCAUGGAACAGAAAGAGAAUGUAAUCGAUAAAGAUAUUGAACUGUCAGUGGUCCUGCCAGGAGAUGUGAUCAAGUAUACUACAGUUAACGGGAGGAAGCCCAUGAUGGACUUGCUGAUCUUUCUCUGUGCACAGUACCACUUAAAUCCAUCAAGUUAUACCAUAGAGUUGGUAUCAGCAGAAAACAGUCUGAUUAAAUUUAAACCCAACACACCAGUGGGAAUGCUUGAAGUGGAAAAGGUGAUUGUAAAGCCAAAACAAAUGGAUAAGAAGAAACCUGCUCCGGUUAUACCAGAGCAAACAGUAAGGGUAGUGAUAAACUACAAGAAGACACAGAAGACGGUAGUAAGAGUUAGUCCGCAUUCACCCCUUCAAGAACUCAUACCAAUUAUCUGUAGUAAAUGUGAGUUUGAUCCUUCACACACUCUGCUGUUGAAGAAUUACCAGUCUCAAGAACCCCUUGAUGUGACAAAAUCUCUUAAUGACCUUGGACUAAGAGAAUUAUAUGCCAUGGAUAUCAGUCGAGCCACAUCACCAGUUGAUUUAAAUUUACCGUCUUUGCAAGACUCCUACCAAUCUGAAAACUUAGAUGUUCUGAAGGAGAAAGAAAACAAAGGAUUUUUCAGCUUUUUUCAACGAAGCAAGAAGAAAAAAGAACAAGCUGCCAGUGCCCCAGCAACUCCAUUGAUGAGCAAGCCAAGGCCAACAUUUAUCACGAGAUCUAACACUGUUAGCAAGCAGUAUGAUUCAAACACUCUGCCAUCUGAAAUGCCGAAGAAACGGAGAGCUCCUUUACCGCCUAUGCCAAAUUCUCAGAGCGCUCCCCAGGAACUUGCACAAGCCCAGGUCAGACCGGCAUCUGAUAUUGUGAAAUCUAACAGCUUUGAUAGGAAUGAACAGGCCCCUCUGGAAUUAGUACGGAAGGGUUCUCUGCCGCUCAGUGACGCUGCUUCCGUGAACAGCUCUCUACGAAGGAUGAAGCGCAAAGCACCCUCACCACCCUCUAGAGCACCAGAAGAUCAAAGUGAAAGCAGUAGUGAGACUGUAACAGAGUCAACAGAAUCAGUCCCUACUGAAGUGGAAGAAAGAGCCACCGAAAUGCAGUCUGAAACAGGUGUAAGGAGCUCAGAGUACAACCUGGAAGAAAUUGAUGAAAGGGAAGAGAUGAGUGUGCAACAGAGAGAGGACAGUGAAAGUACAAAUACCUUGCUCAGGAUAGGAGAGGUUACUGCAGCCUUCAGCUCUGCUGAGGUACCACUGGAAACUGAAAAAAAUGAUCCUGCUUCAUCAGCUCCAGUUCCUGGCAGUGUUUCUGUAGACAACUCACAAAGCUUCAAGGAAGAAAAACAAGAAAAUAUGAGCACAGAUGGCAAAGGACUACAGACUAAGAUAAGCAGUGAGCAAGCUGCAUUUGAAAAAGACAGGAAGCUUAGAAUUUUGGAUCAAAACAAAACUGAUGUUAAAGAUCACAGUGAUACAAAACUCCUUCCAACAACAGAAGAAGGGAAAGAACUUCAGACAGCUGAAAUUAAAACAGAAGAUUUUAGAGAAAAUAACAAGCUUGAAGUUGACAGACUAUCAAACUGCCAGGCAUGUGAAUAUGACAUCUCUGUAAGUCAUAGGAAUUAUCCUCAACUGAUUCCAGAAAAGCAAGAUCAGAAAACAAAUCAAACCAGCUUGGACACAGUAAAAACUCAGGAUGUUGCAAUCCAGACAGGUCCAUUGGAUAGCAAUUUGGAAAGGACUACACAGAAAGAAAUUGUUGUACCUCAGGGUUGUGAAUCAUCCACAUUUAGAGGACUGGUCCCUCAGCACAACACAGAUAUAAACAAUCCCCUUCUUCAAGUGAUGGAUGGAAUACGAGAGGAUGAAGAUACUUCUACAGAACAAAAUCUUGAGAGACAAGAAGUUACCCAUGAAAAAGUAAUUCCCAUGAAAGAUCAGAGUCACGUUUGUUUAAAUGGCAGUAAUCUUGCUUCACCAGAAACAACUGCAAAAACUCCUGAUGGUUCUCCUGUAAAAUGUCAUGCUCUGUAUAGACAGGACACCAAACCUAAACCCAAGCCCGCUAAUGAAAUUACAAGGGAUUACAUACCAAAAAUUGGAAUGACUACUUAUAAAAUAGUGCCUCCAAAAUCCUUAGAAAUAAUGAAGAGCUGGGAAUCAGAAAUUCCAUCGGAUUAUAAGGAUCAAGAGAUAUCUACUUUGGAAAACUCUCUGAAGCAUGAAGACCCCAAAGAAUUCAUAGUGAAAGCUGAAAUUCCUCAUCUUCCAAAAAGUGUGGGUCAUUCACAGGCUGGUUCACAAAAUGAACCUGCAGCAGCAAAUGAUGUGCUGCACAGACUGAACAGCAUUUCUGAACGUGUUGUGACGUCUGGAGCUGAGAUUAUUUCUGAGAGCAAUUGGACGGAAACACAGUCUUCCAAACAGCGUGUCCCACUGAUGCUAAGCUUGGAUAAUACAAAUCCUUCUUCUGAGACUCAGGACAAGUCAAGUGCAUUAAGUCCUACAACAAAGCCUAGUUCUUUUUAUCUGCAGAUGCAACGAAGAGCUUCAGGUCAUUAUGUGACAUCUGCAAUUGCCAGAAGUACAGUUUGUGCUCCUAAUUCCAUUCAAAAUGAAGCUAAGAAUACAGAGGUGGGAAAAAAAAUCUCAUCACCUGAUCCAACUUCUUUGUCUUUACAUAAAACAAGUACUUCUCCUCCUCCAGCAGAUGAAGAAAAAGUUGAUGAUGGAAAAAAAAUUGAAUCUUCCACUUCUGCUGUUAAAAGCAAUAAACCUCCAAGUUUUCCCUCCUGUCCACCAGCACCAUUGAACCUAAGAACUCUAAGAACUUUUGCAGUUCCAAAGCCGUACUCCAGUUCGAGACCAUCCCCUUUUGCUCUUGCUGUCUCAUCCGCAGUCAAAAGGUCACAAUCAUUCAAUAAGAUGCGUACAAUCACUAGCCAGGCACCGAAAGAGGAAUUUCCUGGUGAAGUCUCCUCUGCUGCUUCAGCAGCUGAAUCCUCCUCACCUACCUCCGUGCCUCAAGUGAAAAAUCCUUCCUUACAGACCAUAACAGGGGGGUCACAAAAUAGUCUAAUGAAUAAGAAAGGCAGCAAUGUGAAUACUGAGCAGAAGAGUCAGGCGCAGUCAGGUGCUUCCACUGACCACCCACCCCCUGUCACUAAGAGACAAACCACGAUGACGUUCCAGUGCUCUGACCCAGAACAGAUCCACCAGAGCUUGCUGGCUGCAAUCCGCUCUGGAGAAGCUGCUGCCAAAUUGAAAAGGGUUGGUCCUCCAUCAAACACCAUAUCUGUCAAUGGAAGAGCCAGGCUUACUCAUUUGUAUUCCACAGAAGCAAAAGCUGAUCACUAGAUAUUAUACCAAAUAUUUUGCACUUUACUACUGCUUCAUAGGCCAACUUAAUACUAACUACAGAUUUUUGAAAGUGUAAAUGCAAGUAUAUGUUAAUAUAUUUUUGUCAAUUGUUAUAGGAAUUUCAAGCUGGGUCCUUUGAUGCCUUGGAAAGAUUAUUAGAGUAUGUAAAUUAUGGUAAUAUUUUGCCUUUUUCUCUUUAUAAAGCUGACUAUGCUGCUAAAAAGGUUUAAGAGAAGGUGCAGAUGAGCUUUGCUUAUGUUAGAAUGAGAAUCAAAAAUUCUUGAUUUUAGCCUUCAAGACUGAACAAUAUGUAGCACUAUGUUGAAAUUACAGAUUUAAAGCAAUCUAAGAAUUUUAGAUCAUUAAUUUUCAAUUGUGUAUUACUUUAACAGAUUGUAUGAAUAUAAAUCUACCACAUGCUGCCUCCAUAUUACUUUGUUAAAUUAAAUUUGUAAUUAGUAGAAAAUCUCUAAUUAUAUGCAAUACUGUUUCUGGUUAAAAA